AUGUCGUUUCUGGAAUACUCCGACAAGUUCGCCCCCAUGAAAAUGCCCCCUCGUUGCAACCUCUGUCCCUUCUCCACGACGUCGUCUUUCCUGAUGGUGAACCACGUAAGGCGCCACCAAGCCCCCUUGCAACAUUUCAACUGCGAAAACAUUGAAAUUUUCCACUGCAAGGACUGCACUUUCGGAACAAAAUUAACCCUUUUAUUCAAACAACACCUUCGAGAGCACCGCCACAUCCAAGAAUCCGACACCGUUCGGAACUAUUUUUGUGACAAAUGCAAGUUUGAGACACAUUUUGCUUUGAAGUGGCUUCACCACACAAUUCAAUGUUCAAAAAAUUCGACAAAUCGGUGGUACGAGUGCGACCAGUGCAGCCAAAAGUUAAAACGAAAAUACUCUUUGAGGAUGCACAAAAUCUCGAAACAUUUGAACGACGACGAACGAAUUUGGUACCACUGUGCACAGUGUUCGUAUAAAGCUAAACACCAGUGUUAUUUAAAGCGACAUGAAAUGAAUCGGCAUUUGGAUGAACAAAGUAUAAAGUGGUUUGAGUGCGACAAGUGUGACUAUAAAGCUAAGGAAAAGUAUGUUUUGAAGAGUCACGUUAAAGUGCUUCAUUUGAGCGACAAGGACAUCAAGUGGUAUGAAUGCGAAAAGUGCCAAUUUAAAGCUAAACGUAAGCCGGGGUUAAAAGCGCACAUAAAAUUUAAGCAUUUAGAUAAAGAAAGUGUUAAAUGGUACGAAUGUGUUAAAUGCUCUUAUAAAAGUAAGCGAAAUGUGGAUUUGACCAGACACGUGAAAACGCAACAUUCGCAUAUAAAGAAUAUUGUGUGGUUCGAAUGCGACAGGUGCCCGUUUAAAGCUAAAUCUAGUUCGAAUUUGAAAAUACACGUGAAUGCCUUACAUCUGGAAGGACUAGAUGUCAAAUGGUACGAGUGUGAAAAGUGUCCAUAUAAAACCAAAACAAACAGUUGUUUGCUUCGACAUGUAAAAUUUCGACAUUCAAAUAAAUAG